GUUCACGAGAACGUAGCGACUUAACUAUCGGAGAAGUGCAUAUGGUUAUCGAGUAACGAUGGCUAAGCAGUGAUACUGAACACGUGAAUGAUCGCGUAUUGUAGCUAACGCUGUAGUAGUCACUUAGUAGCGAGUACCACUAUGAUUCUGAGAAUGAAGCGAUAUAUGGUGCUUUGGGGAGCCCUGUUUUUUAUGGUGACACUGAUGUCUCUGUAUCUAAUGCUUGAGACCAUCAACAGUCCCAAGCCGUAUACCUUCACUGGGAAUCAGGUACUUGAGGGCAUUGAGAUAAAGAUCCAGAAGAUUGAAAAAGAUCUAGCCAAGAAUCAGGAAAUGGUAUCCCAGAUCAAACACUGGGUUAAUAUGCUGAGCAAGGGAAAAUCAGGUGUUGAAGAACCAUCUGUACCUUUUGGCCCACAAGUAAUUGAAACUUUGUUAGGGGUAAAUGCACCUGUGGAAGGCCAAGACAACCAUGAUAGUCAAGGUGGUGCACCAAAUGGGCCAGAGAAACCACGAGAGCCCUUUAAGAUUGAACCAGGCCAAAAGGUUAUGGUGACAUCUAGCACAUGCACUGCCACUAAGCAUCCACCAGCUGAGGCUGACAUUGACAUGCACAAGGUGUUUGACGUUGUGCCUUUUGACAACCAAGACGGGGGUGUGUGGAAACAAGGUUGGGAAAUUUCCUAUGAUGCAAACCAGUGGAAACAAAAGCCCCUCCAAAUUUUUGUUGUUCCUCACACUCACUGUGACCCAGGAUGGAUUAAAACACUGGAUGACUACUACAGACAGCAGACAAGGGGCAUAUUUGAGAACAUGCUUCCCAAGAUGGAGGAGGAUGCUCGACGCAAGUUCACAUAUGCUGAAAUAGCUUUUUUUUCCAUGUGGUGGGAAGAACUUAAUGACGAUAGGAAGGAACGUGUCAGGAAGCUGGUGAGUGAUGGCAGACUUGAGAUUUUGACAGGAGGCUGGGUGAUGACAGACGAGGCAAAUUCCCACUACUUUGCUAUGCUGGACCAGUUGAUAGAAGGACACCAGUGGCUGAAUGGAACAUUAGGUGUAAAACCUCAAUCUGGGUGGGCAAUUGACCCAUUUGGCUAUUCAUCAACCAUGGCUUACUUGCUGAAGAGGUCUGGAUUUGAAAAUAUGUUGAUACAAAGGGUCCACUACUCCAUCAAAAAGCAUUUUUCACGAGAAAAAACCCUGGAGUUUAUGUGGCAACAACAGUGGGACCAUGAGAAAAGCACAGGCAUAUUAUGUCACAUGAUGCCAUUCUACUCCUAUGAUAUCCCACACACAUGUGGUCCAGACCCCAAAAUCUGCUGUCAGUUUGACUUUCGCCGUCUGCCAGGAGGUCAGCAUCGCUGUCCGUGGAAGAUUUCACCAGUGCCCAUCACACCAGCCAAUGUGGCUGAAAGGGCUAUGUUGUUGGUUGACCAGUAUCGCAAGAAGGCCCAGCUAUAUCGAACCAAUGUGCUGCUGGCUCCUCUUGGGGAUGAUUUCCGCUAUGAAAAACCUGAGGAGUGGGAUUUCCAGUUCAAUAACUACCAACAGAUCUUUGAUUACAUCAACUCACACCCAGAGAUGGGAGCAGUGGGUCAGUUUGGCACACUUGCCAACUACUUUGACGCACUGCACCAAGAUGCAGCGUCAUCAUCAGUUUCCUUCCCUUCUUUGACUGGAGACUUCUUUACUUAUGCUGACCGAGAUGACCACUACUGGACUGGCUAUUACACGUCUAGGCCAUUCUACAAACACUUAGACCGAGUUUUGGAGGCAAAUCUGCGUUCUGCAGAAAUUCUUUUUACGCUAGCUUUAACCUAUGCCAGAAAAAAUGCAGCUUCCAACUUUCCCACUGCUGCCCUUAUGCAGAAAAUAGUAGAAUCACGAAGAAGCCUCAGUCUCUUUCAACACCAUGAUGCCAUUACAGGAACAGCAAAAGAUCCUGUUGUCAAUGACUAUGGCAGAAGACUGAUGCAUGGACUGGUGAACUCAAAGAAUGUAAUGAUGGAAUCUGCAGCGUUCUUGGUCUUGAAGAAUAAAAACGAUUAUGUCUACAAUCCUGAAGCACCUAUCUUGAACAUGGAUGAAGUACAUGAAAACUAUGAAAGUCUCUCAAGCAAACCAGUCAUCUCUCUCACCAGUCAACCUGUUCCAGUAAUUCUGUACAACUCUCUGGGCCACACAAGGGUUCAGCUGGUCACCGUCUGGGUGUCCCAGCCACAUCUGAAAGUGCAGGAUCCUGAUGGGAACAUAGUCCAUUCACAGAUUGAACCUUUUUGGUUGGACGAGAAUCCAGAAAAAAUGGAUUCCACAAAGUACAAGGCAUCCUUCAUUGCACGAGUGCCUGCUCUUGGAGUAGCAGUGUACACUAUUCAUGGUGUUUCUGGGUCUGAAGACUUGCAAAACCAUCUGGUGUCCACGGUGUUUAUCAACUCUAAAUCUGGUCAACAGCAGAAUGGCGAGUUUCCCAUCGAAACUCUGAGUGGCAAUGAGAAUUUUUCCAUUAAUAACUCCAUGCUGGAAGCCACCUUCUUUGGUACCACUGGCUUUCUGAAGUCUGUGAAGAUUUUAUCAACAGGCACAAUUCAUCAGACAAACUUGCAGUUUGUGGUUUACGGGCACGAAAGCAAGGAAAGAUCUGGGGCUUAUAUCUUCCUGCCUGAUGGCCCCGCACAGCCUCUCAUAGACAACUUGCCGCUGAUCCGUAUUAUGCGUGGACCAUUAGUCUCUGAAGUGCAAGUGAAUACUGAAUUUGUCCAACAUGUUGUUCGACUUGUUAACUCCCCAGGGGUUGAUGGAAAUACUUUGGACAUUCACAACAUCGUUAAUAUUCAAAAAACAGCUAACAAGGAACUUGCAUUACGUGUUAUGACAGACAUCCGCAAUUUAGAACGUGUCUUCUACACUGAUCUUAAUGGUUUCCAGAUGCAGCGACGGCAGACACUAGACAAACUCCCUUUGCAGGGUAAUGUGUACCCUAUGUCAACUGCUACAUUUGUGCAGGAUACUUUGUCUCGCCUCACCAUCCUCUCAGCACAGGCUCUUGGAGUUUCCUGUCUCCAGCCAGGUCAGAUAGAUGUGAUGCUGGACCGGCGGCUGAACCAAGAUGAUGGACGAGGUCUGGGCCAGGGAGUGUUGGAUAACCGGCGCACACCCAACCACUUCCGCCUUUUGUUUGAGACACGAGAUACUCCACUUCAGACAAGUAUCCAGACAGUAGGCUACCUUUCCUUGACUGCACACCUGUCUUCCCUGUACCUGACACAGCCCAUUUUCUUGAUGCCAAAGAGUGGGGUUGCCUCUGGCACUAGCUUGCCUCUAGCAUUUUGGCCAAGGUUUUCUCCCCUCCAGACAGAACUGCCCUGCCAGCUACACCUGCUGAACCUACGUACAAUGCAAAACAAGGAUGACAGCCCAGACCUGCGAUUCAUUCCCAAGGAUUCAGCUGCUCUCCUGUUCCACCACUUUGGCAGUGAUUGUGACUUCCCCAUCUACACAAACACCUGUCAGCCUAACGAAGGACAGCUUACCCUGGCAAAGCUGUUCAAGGACAUACAGUUUCAUUCUGCAGUGGCUACUUCAUUAACUUUAAUGUAUGACCAGCAAGAAGUGGAUGUAUCAUCAGAACUGCAUAUUCCUCACAUGGAGAUCAAACCUUUAAAGUAAUUCUGUCAUGAUAAACAGUUUUCAAAAAGGUCUUUCAUCUGCUGUAGCCUUGUUGAGAUCAUAGUGGUGCCUACUAGAUGGCUCAGGGUUGUUUGUACAAGCACCGGUGCAAAAUGAUGUUUCAUGCAAGUGAGCAGUUUAUGUCAUUGUAAAUCUUGAUAAAUGUGUGCUGUGUGAGUGAGGAUGAAGCAACGUGGUUUAUGUGUACAGAUUACCAUCCUGGGUGAUUUUCAGCCUUAAAUUCUUCUCUGUUCUCAACAGGUUUAAAACUGCUAAAGACUUUUAGAAAUACCUAAAAAAAAAUUCCCAUGCAUCCAUACUGGCAAAAACACAUACAGACACAUAUCCAUAUUCAUGCUGACCUUUGCAGAUUUAGAGUUAACUCAGCUUAGUUAGUUGUCACUCUAGGAUUUUUUUUUUUCAUACCAACAUAAAAUUUAUAUUAAGUGAAUUUUAAUAAUAACAUAAAUUUUGAGGGACAAGCAAGGAGUGUCCAUUAUGGGACACAUAAGUUUAUGACAAGACAGACACGUCUUGCUGGCUGACCGCAACCUGUCUGCCAUUAUUGUGGUGACUCAAAGGACUGUCAGUUCCAGGCAGGCUGGAGUGUAUGUGCUGCACACAUUGUGGUGAAACUACAGCUUUACAAAUAUUGUGAGCUCAUUUUUAAGUUGAUAUUUUUGUAUGUCCUACAAAUGAUAUUAUAAAUAUCCAAAUGGUUCAGAAGGCAGAAAAAAAGCUCACCACCUGUUUUAAAGGUGUGACAUUGUGUCAUCAAGAUGCCUUGUGGGUAGCUGGGAGUUGGUAACAUGAAAGAUUAGUAAUGAGGUAUUUCCAAAAUAAAAAUGUGGGGGUCAAUGGUAGCUGCCACAUUUUAUCAAGUCAGUGUUGUAUUCUUGUUUUCUAUGGUUUGACCAUGAUUUGUAGAAAGACUGAUAAUCAUCUGGUAGCACAUUUUUAUUGUCAUGGUGGACAUGAGAGCUUUCCUUUCAUCUGCAUGGGAUGUGACACCAGUGAAUCACAUAGCAACAACUUUCCACCUGUGGAUUUUUUCUCUUAGAUCCCUGAUAACAGUUUGUAGCACUGUAAUAGCAUGCUACAACAUUCUAUAAUCCUUCAUCCACCACAUAUCACCAACACAAAUACUUCUAAACUUGGCACCUAUACAGGGAAAGUCAUUGCAGGCAAAUGAUUGCUAUGUGUCAUUCCCUUUCAGUAAUUCAGGUUUUUCUGCAGUGGAUAAUUUUUUUUGAGAGAGAGAGAGAAGGAGGAUUUUAGGUAUUUAUGUCUUGCUUGCAUACAUAUAAGUAGGUUUACCUCUGCAUGUAUGUUUUUAUGUAUUGAUGCCUUUUUGUGCAUCAUUAGCCUGUCUCCCUCUUGUGAUGAAGAUUCUUCAAAUUCUAAUGUAUUUGUGGUACUCUUUCCACCCUAUUAUUUUCAUGCAAUAUCAAACUUAUGUUUAACUACACCACAAUGCUGGAACUACUUUGUGAUCUAGUCUACAUUCACUUGCCACAUUUUAGGAGGAUCUUUAAAAGCAUCUGUGUCAGAUGUCAUUUUUUUAUUGUCAGGAUUGCAGCAGUAAACAAUAUAACUAUCACUUGAUGCAAAACUUAGUGAAAUGCUGAAGGUUUGUAAGUAGAGCCAGCUUCUUAAUUUUAUGCCUUCAGCAGAUUUUUAAGAAAAUGCCAUUGUAAAGAUGUUUUGUGAAGAUCAACUUCAAAGGAAAGUUCUGUGUUGGUAGGGAGGGAGUAAGCAUAAAUAAUGAUUAAAAGCACUGAAACAUUGUGUUUGAGACUAACAUCCAUUAUAAUUAUGUUUGUGUGCUUUUUUUUUUUUUUUGGCUUGGCUUAAUUUCUCAUAAUUAAAGUAAAAUAAAUGCAGUGUGUUAUUUAGAAUUGAGAGCUCCUUUUUCAUUUUUUUUUUCAAUUUCAUUGUCUAACUAUAUUUGUUGAAAGUGCCCCAUCAAGGGGCUUUUUCUCUGUGUGGGCUGACGGAAAGAAUGCUGUGGAAAGAUGUUUACAUAUCAAUGUAGGCGAUAUCUGUAAAAUUAUAGACUAUAUCUUAAUUACAACAUUUCUCUAAGCUUCCAUGCAGCAGAAACAUUUUAAGUCAAAUAAGAUGGUGGAGAUGGGGGACUAGAUUUGAGUGUCUAAAGAAGAUGUAGGGAUAACAUUUUUAGUAUCUAAUAUUGAUGAUCAUGUGUCCUUUUGUACAUUCCUGUAUGCACCAGCUGAUUGAGGUGCAGUUAUAUGCCCGUGAGUGGAUCCCGUGUUUAUUUAAUUCAGAUGAUGUUAAUACUUCAGGUUUAUGUAGAACUAAAAGCCAAUCACUUAUGUGUGUUGUUAUGUGUUUGUUGUGUGGAUUGGGGGUAGGACUUGUAAGGUAGGGAAGGAGUGUUUAAUAUGUAUGCAUGAUAAUGCAAAGAACAACAUAGGCAAGGAAUGUUCCUAAUAUAAUUGUUACUUGCUGAUUUCUGCAUGUGCUUCAUUUACCAAGAACAAGGAGCCCACUAUAGCAAAACCACCAGUUUUCUUUUUCUGUGAAAGACAACAGAUGGCCGCUGUACAGAAGGGGACGUAUUCAUAGACCUCCCAAUACUUAUGAACUCAGUGUUAUUUUAAUGUGUAUUAGAAGUUAUAAACCUGAAAGCAAUGAACAGACAUUAGCAUGACUAUCAUGACUGUAGGUCACCAACCUUCACACAGCUAGUGUGAAUUAAUAUUAAUGUGAUGAAAUAUAUUUUAUCUGCACAAAUGAGAUGAGUGUAUGUAAUAAGCAUAUUUGUUUCCAUGAAUAUGAUGACUGCUUAGCUCUCACCAACAUGUAUGUGGUGACGAUGAUUAUGUAGGCAAAAUAUAUUAUGCGUUCAAGAAUUUAACAUAAUUUUGAUGAUAGUGUUCAGCGUUUUAAAUUCAAAUGGUAAACUUUGUGGAACAUUUUUAUGACAGGAGAAAAAGAACACUUGUCAUCUAGCAUCCCUGCAUCUUAGGGUAGUUUUCUAGUUGAUGUUUUUCGAGUCUGUUGUUAAGUUUUUUUUUUUUAAAUUAGCCUUUUGAAAAACUUUUGUGUGUACAUGUACUCCUAGAUUUCUGUAUUGAGUUGUUUGAUUAAUCUAAAUUUUGCUUCUAAGUUAUAAUAUUACUUGCUGUCACUACAAUAUCUUAUCUUUGAUGAUAAUAUUGAUUUACCUAUUGACCAUUGUUUCACCUAGCACAAAAUUCAGUAGAGAUUUUCUAAUUAAAAGCAAGAGGUUAACGAAUGAGCAAAAAAUGAAUUUAAGAGAAAGAUUUACUUAUAAACUUUUAAUAAAGAUGAUUAUAUUCUAGAUCUGCUGACUUUUUCAACUUGUGUCUUGUUACUGAUUAUAUUACCUUUUUGUAAAUAGUUUUUCAGUGGGCGUUCACAUUUUCCAAUAAGUUAUUUUCUGGAACCUCUGCUUCUGGCUUUCUGGUCGAGAACUGUGUUAAGUAGUGUGUUCCAAAAACCACUUCAGUUUAUGCAACAGAUUUUCAUGGCAUUACAUUAUCAAACCAUUUAUUCCAUGCCUUAACCUAGUGUCAAGAACAGGGCAUUUUAAAUGGCUUUAACCCACUGUGAUGUUCUGUUCCAAGUUUGUAUUUUUUAUUGUGUUAUUGGGAGUGAGAAGUAAACAUAUUUUUUCUGUAUUCUGCAUACAUCUUGAGUGGAUAUGGGUUGGGGUUUUUUUGUUUUCAUUACUCGAGUAGAUUUUAAGUUCUAAGCAAUAUUUUAUUCUGUCCUUGGUGCAGGGUUAAAUUCUGUUUGAAUAGAUUCAGGGUGACCUAGUAUACAAGGUAUAAAUGCCAUUAAUUAACCACUAUUAGCUGCAAAUUUUGCAGAAUGUCAUAAUGUUUACAACUGUUGUUUAUAUUUUGAUGAAGUUAAUAAAGUUCUAAUUAAUUCAUGGUUAUUUUCAUGCAAUUUCAUCAGGAAUGUGUGUACUUGGAUGCAUGUGUGUAUGUACAUAUGACUACCCCUUAAACUACUUUUCCAGUUUUUGAAUCAAUCUUGUUUUUGACUACCUAUAUUUGCUAUACAUUUAUUUCCGUAUAAUAAAUAUUAGAUCCCACAGUCACCAAGACUUUUGCAUCAGAAGUUUUUUGAAUAGCAUUUAUUAUACCAAUUUCAUGUAAGGGAAUUUAAACUAAAAACUCGGACGCCAAGUCUAUCACACUUUUUUUGUUUAUCAUAUACACUGACAGAUGUAGAAGAGGAGAAUAGCUAUUUCAUUAAGUUCUCUGAUGAUAGCAUUGUUGACUGUUGAAGGAACUUAAUAAAAUAAUGUUAAUGCCUCAACAAAUUUUGUACAUUUGUGCAAUGAGAACUUUUUUGAAUAAAUAUAAAUAAAACAUGAGAAAUAAAUGAAGACUUUAACAGAAUCAAAGAUGGUACUGUUGCUCCCAGUGUGAUAUAUAGCAAACCUGUUGAACUGUUAACUCCUUCAGGUAGUUAUACCCACUGUUUUUGAUUGCUAGCUUAAAUGGAAUAUAAACGCCAAACAUAUCGAUAAACAUGGAUAACGAGAAUCACCUUCUGCACAAUCUAGUUUUUCAGUCGUCAAAGCAAUCUUGGGCCAUUUCUAUCAGCCAUUUUUGAGUUUUAUCUUUUUUUGUUUUGCAUGGUGGUUCUGCAAUCUGUGACAGCAAUAUAGUCUGAACAGUACUAUCCAUAUCUGUUCUAUGAUAAUUGGUAUCAAACAGAGGGAUUUCGCUUCUUUUUGUGAUCAACAAUUAGAAAAACUUCCCACAUUUUGUCAAUACAUGCACUAACGGGAAAAUUUUUGUUAUUAAGUUCAAAUAAACGUUAUGCUAUACCUGUAUGUAGAAUAGGCACCUGAAAUCGUUUGUGCCAUCUGCAGUCCAGCUCAAUUGUCAGUUGUGUGUGUAGACGUGUGAUUUUGUAGGUAAGCAUAAGAAUGGUCUAGAUUUAAGUUUGUUUUUUUUUUUUUUUGUUUUAGAUUGAGUCACCUGCUCAUUUUUUUUUAACCUUAAACUUAUUUUGUGACUAGAACUUUUAUAUAUAGUCGCUGAGAAAAUUUCCCAUGUUUAAAUUACCCACUGGCACUAAUAAAGUUGGUCAUUGAUAACAGCUGCUCAAGACGUCAAUCACUUUGUUGUAAGAUGAGGUACAGAGACGUACAUGGCCAUCAUCCCUGUACACCACAGAACGAAUUCUCUGUAUUGUUGUACUGAUAUCCAAAUAACAUAUUAUGAAGUCUGUAAAGGAUGGAGAAAAAAAAAAACUUAAAGGGAUGCAAACCUUUCUCGUGCUAUUCCUUUAACGCUAUAAAGUCCUGGUUGUUAUUGUGUUAUUUUUGUGUUAUUGUGUGUCUGCAACCAAUCUACCAGUAUGCAUCACUGCCUUACACUAGUACCAUGCCUAAACAGAGACAGGUCAUGGAGUCGAAAGCUUUAAUACUUUUAACAUGAAGACAACAGAAUGGCCAGUAAAGAAGUUUCUCUUAUCAUCCACUGUUGCUGUUCGGCCAACGCCAAGCAAAAGCAUCAGUUCACUCCAACAGUAAGGUGUCGUGUUCCUUACCCCCUUUAGUGUUAAUGUACUGUAUUUUUCUGUAAAAUAUUUCACCAACACAUCAAAACGUUUCCUAGAAAGCUAUACAAGCCGUGCGAAAGGAUUGUUCCUUAAAUUAAAUAAACUUCAAACUAUAUUCUUCUCAUUUGGAUUCAAUUGCACGUCGUCCAGUUUCACAUUUAUCAACUUCCGGUGAUCGUCUGCCACACCGGCGACUUAUCGAGAGUUUCGUUAAACAUUUUAUGCCAUCAUGGUCGACUUUGGCUCUGGACCAGUGAAAGAACAUAUCGACAACAGUGUUUUUAUUAUACCAACAAUUAUAAUCAUCUUUUUAGUGGCUUUCUUCACAUACAAACUGGUGUCCAGCCUUCGGCAGAAGCAGAAAGCUAAGGAAGACAAGAAGCGGCAGAAGCAGCAGAAGAAGGAGAAAGAAACACACGAAAGCAGAAAAAGAAAUGAUCACUGUACAUCACCUCCUUCCCCCAACUGCAGUAGCUGUGUAUAGCCUUGACCUCACACAAUCAUCAGCACAGCUCCACAGUCACCAUCACUGAUGUGCAAGAUACCUUAGUUACUCCUGUUGUAACAUCAAAAUACACUUGUUGAAGGAAAAACGUUGCACCUCUGAAGUCCAAAGCCGGCUUUCCUGCUUUGUUAAUGACUUGGAUGUCAGAACGAAGGGAAUAUUCAAGAUCACAUAAUUUAACAGUGCAGCGUGUAUUAGUACAGAAAUGCCUGAAAAGCAUUUUGAGUAGUGGACAAUUAAAUAUGACUCACCUCUAUCCUCUCUUCCCAUACUACAUGGUAUUUGCUGCCUGUCAUUAGAAACAGGAUUAUCAUGGUCAUGCAAUUAUUUUCUAUUGCCCAAGUUACAGUUGUAAAUAUGUGAGAGACCUAUGUAGCGUUUUUUUAAAACAAUUUUUUUAAUUAGUUCCAGUCUGCUCAUUUGCAAAGUCUUGCAUAAUGUUGUGAUAUUACAAGCUGAGCUUGUCAUUUUUAUGGUCAGUUUUGUAAAACUUGUUUAAGUUCACAAUAGAUUAUGCCUUAUAGAGAUGUGUUGGUAAACUUUAUGUCGCCUACCCCCUCAAAGCAGUCUAAGAGCUCCUGUGUGACUAUGUACAGUGAAGAGGUUGCAAAUUUGAAACCUUGAGAUGACACCCCUAAGUUCAGACACAGUAGGUGAUCCAAAGAACAUUGAACAUGACACUUCUCAGUCGAGUCUUAUUGGCAGAGAGAAAAUUGAAUAGAUUUUCUAGAAUUUCUCUUACUACAAUUAUGUCAGUGUUGUACAUUUUUCCACAAAAUUUUUUGUAGAAAGACUGUCAGUUGACAACUAAAGGACUAUGAGCAAAUUUUAGGCAGUUUCUCCUUGUGUUAUAGCAAAUAUGUAAGUACGCCUAUUCCUAGUAAAAAGUUUUGGUUAUAAAUGCCUAUCUCGUGUCAUGAAAAGGAUACCUGAAAUAACUAUUGAUUACUGAUGACAACUAAUUAAUAAGAAAAGUAACAUAAACUACAAAAUGUCAGUAAUCCUUUUGUUAGCUUGAUGCAAAUUUGUAUUCACUUUGAAUGUCCUUAUUUGACAUUAGAAUUUUUUUUAAUUUAGUUUAGUGUAUUCUUCAAGGAGCACAGCAUUUAUUUUUUUUUUAAAUACCAGAGUGAAAAUGCAAUCAGGGAAAAUGUAGAUGGUUUGUGUGAUAGACUUUUGGGUACAAGUCUGCCAGAUCAUCGUCUUAGAGGCAAACCAGAGGGGAAAAUUAUUUUCAAAUGAGUUAACAGAUUCCAAAACUCUGGGAAAUCCCUUUUGUGGUUUACAUCAGCAUUUACUGAUUUUUAGAAAGUCCCGUUCUUGCUGGUAAUUGUAAGCCUGGUUUGGUCUGUUUUCUACGCAAAUUGCUUUUUUAUUACUUUUGAAAUAUGCAUGUAUGAACUGCUUCAGCUGGUGGUAGUAGUAAAUGGAUAGAAAGUUUUAUUAAGGCUAAAUGGGUUUAUUUAUGUUUUGAUCAAUGUCUCUUUUUAUAUCUUACAUUUGAAAUGUAUCAACGACUUUAAAAUGUCUCAAAUAUUGUAAAACUGCAAUGCUCCAGUUUUUGCUUGCCCAGUCUGUAUUGCUAGAUUACCAAAAUUUUUGCUAAGCCCUUGCAGCAAGUGUUAAAAUUUUAUUUAACAUUAUCACAAAUUGUUCCUAUGUUAUAUAUGCAUUGAAAUUCUAUUUUAUGCAGGUUAAUCAAGACAAUUUUCGUUUUUUUAAGUGCCAGAAGAAUAGGAGUAGUGAGAUUUCGAAUUUUUUUUUUUCACACUGGCCUUUGCAAUUUCUAGUUUUUAAAUUUUUGUUCUAGAAUUUUUAAAAAAAAACUAAAUUAGAUAGGAAGGAGAGGGUGAAAAUAAUGAAGCUGAACACCUUGAAAAGGAGAAAUUAAUAAUAAUGUGAAUCUUACACAAGAGGUGGGAAACUAAUGUUGUCAAAAUAAUCUAAAUCAGAGAGGAGAUACAGGAAAGGAAAUGGAUGCAACGAAGUAGAGUCUGUCACAUACAAGAAAAAACAAUGUGCGAAAUGACUGAGAAAAACACUGAUGGUGCCUCCGACACUGCGUACAAGAUCAUGAAUAAAUGUGUGUUGUAUACAGUAGUUAGCCUACUUGAGUGCAUCUGACUGAAAUUAAGACUGCUGAUAUGAUUAGAUUGCAAGUUGGCUAACUAAAAAUCUGGUGAACUUGGAAAGCAGGUGUGUGUACUGCAAUAAACUGCAGCAUGUUGUCAUAUUUGAAUUUUACUCAUCCGUUAUGCAUGCAGAGGUGAUACCACAGAUUUUUUUUAAAGAGUAGAAUGUUUAACUAGACCGUUUAGUAAUUAUCAGUUCCCAUUAAGCAUUCCAUUUUGCUUGUGGUUAAGUGUACAAUGAGUUUGUAAACAUGAAUGCAAGUGAGUGCAUGCUUUUAUUAAUGCAUAGUUUUGUUAAGAGUAAACGUGAAAAGAAAAUAGUCAAGGCAAUUGGGUGCAUUGCCAGUGGUUUGUGAUUUGCAUAGUGAUUUAGAAAAACAAUGUACAAGUAGCCGGUCGGUCUUUUGGCAUUUUUAUGCCAGCAACACAAGGUUUCCUUCCCUUGAUCUUGAGUGAGUACCAAAUGUGACCUCUUAAAAUUUCUGACACGCCUGCUUGCAUCUACUAGGCACAGGUACAUUGCCAUGGCAGUGCAGGUGCCGAUGCCUCGCACGCACACAAUGUACACCCUUGUGGCAACUCUCAGUACCACUAUACAAUUUCUCGAGGGGGGAAAAUGUUUUGUAAAUUGUUCAAGUGUGAUCUGUGUACAAGAGGAAGCCAAGGCUCUUUUUCAUGUUCAUAACUAUACGUGCAGCUCCUUUUCCAGACUUUUGGUCAAUGGUUUUUGGUAUCAGGGUUUCCCUUAAUGCUGAUUGUAACAUCAGGAAAAUUCUUUGUAAUCAUUUUUAAAAUCUUUAGAAAAUAUUGCUGUAAUUAUUUUCACUCCUCAUGUAAGAUAUCAAGCAUGCCAUUUUACAGGUAUGAUUAUCACAUUUACAGACUUGGUAGCAGUUAGUGUGUCUGGUGGAAGUUCUCUCCCCUGUUGAGGCCAUCAGGUGGCAAGCUCAUGUGUACAGCUAAUAAAGCACGGAGGCAAGAGCAGCCCGUUAAAACAGACAAGGACUUCCCUUUUAUAAAAUUUACAAACAUUACUGCAUUUCUUCCACAUAAUGAAAUUUACUGGCAUCAAAAUUAAGGAUUCAGCUUGCUGCUACCAUUAUCAUCAUUCUCUUUUUGAGUAUUUUCUUGUAUUAUUUAGACAUUAAAAUAUUCAGCUAUGUUUCAUUACAUAUCUAAGGUUCUACAAGGAAUUAUACCCACAACUUAAACAUUACACAAAAGAGUACUUCAUGCUGACUGCUUCUCUCAAACCCUUUAAGAGAUAACAAAAAUACUGUUCUGCUCAAAUUAAAAGAAAACAAGCUCAUUGACAAUUAGGAAAAUGCUGUGUAGGAUGGACAAUAGAAUGAGGGAGACAAUUCCUUUGCAAACUUGAAAACUCAAAUAGCUACAUUCCCCAUCCCCAUAAUCUAGUAACUACAUCUAAGCCAAUGCUUUAUUUUGAAGGUAGUGGUCAUCCCUGAAACUUUUUUUUUUUUUUAGGUGAUUAGAAAUAUUUUUUACAUGUAAAAGAUUACUUUCUGGCUACAAAUUAGUAUGCGCUAUGAUCCAUUCCUUCUUCACUGAUAUUUUACACAAGUACAGUUUACUAGUUGCCCGUUCUACCCCUUAAAAUACACCCAAAUACAAAAAUAAAGCAUUCUGCUGUUACACAUAAGAAGUGAUGGCGACUAAUAGUGAAAAUGUUCUUAACACACGACUUUUUGUUGAUACAUUUCUUAGUCUAGCUCAACAAUACUUAGUUCUUACCUCACUGUGACCAAUAUGCAAGAACUGAAAGUCUUUGUAUUAUCUCCUGUAGUACCUACAGGAAACCAAAGGCACUUUUUCUCUUUUGCUUUUUUUUCAUCUUAUGUCUGUAUAAUUAAAGGCCUCAAAAAGUAAUUUUCAUCCUACUGUCAUUUGUGCAUAUUAAGAAGUAAAGCAAGUACAUCUAAUACUCUGUAAGCUGUAUUCCUCAGUUUCUUUAAAGUCAUUUAUAUUUUGGGGUAGGGAUAAGAAUAGGGAUUAGCUGCUCAAGCAAUCAUCCUGUUUCAAUGCCGAGUAGUGAAAAUAAUGCUAAAUACAGUAAGAAAGAGGAAGGCAGCUUGCCAAAAGUAGUAAUACCAUCAUAGCACCACUUACAAAAAUUAUUGCCCCUUCCACCACAAGAGCUCCCUGUUGUCAUAGGGCGAGUUCCACAAGUCUAUAUACCUGUUUAUUCAAAUAAAGGAAGGCAACUAAUAAAGCAGGUCAUCUGGACCAAAGCGGCAUCAUCCACUGCUUUUAUACUUCAGUUGCAAGCCAAAUUUUGAGGAUUCCGAUGUUUUUCUAAUUUAUAGAUUAUAAGACUUUUUCUUAUUGAUUUUUCAUCAUGGUACUUUUUUUUUUAAUGUUUGCAUUUCUUUGAAGCCUUUCUCCACUGUUCUCAAACAUGAGUUUACCCUCUGAUGGCCAGCACUACAAAUUUCUCAUUUGAACAAAAGACUGCACAAAAUUUUUAAACCACUGAUUUAGAUUUAUUUAUAUCUGCUUAUCGCAAACAAUGCACAUUCAGAUUAAGAAAAUGACAUUCCAUUAUGUUGUGCAUUUCUAUGAUUAGUACAUCAUUUAAGUCUUUGUCUAAGGUGUUGCUUGUCAGUAAAAAAAAAAAAUGCCUAAAAACAUGUUAACUUGCUGACUGAAUCAGUCUUUACAUGAAGCAACCAGGUGGACAAAAGAUAAAAAUAUAUAUAUAAUAAACAGGUCUGGAAAACAA